AUGGAGCCGGUCUGGAAGGAGUUCUUUGAGCAUGCCGCGCUGCUGCGGCAGCCGCCCGGGUCCAGCCCAGGCAGGAAGACCUGGGAGGAUGGCGGGGGGCAACGCCACGCCAGAGGCAAGGACAGCGCAGCUUCCUCGAUCGAUCGCAUCCCACGGGCCUCCCCCCACCCCGGCGGCCGCUCUGCUGGGCAGAGGACGGCCCGCGAGGCUGCCCUCCCGCAGGACUUGCGAGCCCUCCUGGACGAGAGCACCGGCCUCCUCCGUCUCCCAGACACACAGGCCAUGCUUUCCAGCGACAAGGCAGCGGAAGCCCACGACACGCACAACGAGCUGGCCUCUGGCAGCCUGGAGGCCCCAUUCUCUGCGCUGAGCCUCCUGGAUCCGCAGGGCCCCGUCGCACGCCAGGACCUGUUCUCCGUCCACACCCACACCCGCGCCGCCUUUGCCUUCCCCCCAGACUCUGUUUUUGCUGGGACGCAGAUCGACAGACGAGUGUUUGUUCGCUGGGGCCAAUACUCUGCGGCCGAGGCCAUGCGGCGGCUCAUCAUCGCUGCCCUGCGCGACCCGAGGAACCAGCGCUUUGCAUUCCUGUCCGAGUCCUGCGCGCCGCUCUUUCCCCCCGCAGUGGUGCAUGCGCAGCUGCUGGCUGACCGGCUGAGCCGGGUGUCGCUGUGCCCUCAGCACGGGAAAGCAGCAGAAAGGCAAGCUUGGCGAUGGGGUCCAUACCUCCACCGAGAGGGUCUGCUGACCAAGGUCCAUUGGCGGAAGUCCUCCCAGUGGUUGAGCCUCACCAAGUCGCAUGCCGAGGUCGUGAGGCGGGACGACUCCCUGUGGCGGCUGUUUGAGCAGGAGUGCUACAGCUACGAGCCCGGGGGGGGGCUCCCCCUGCCCCCCUACAUGCGCGCCGUGGGGCGCAGCGCAUCGGCCCGGCGCUCCUGCGUCUCCGACGAGCACUACUUCCCAACCCUGCUGGCCGUCGCCGGCCUGCAGAACGAGACGAGCUGCGAGGGGUCGCUGACCUUCACUCACUGGGCGGGGGGCGGCUGGAGCCCCAAGGUCUACCGCGCCAGGGACGUCGGCCCCGAGCUGCUCCGGGUGAUGAGGCGGGGCGUGUGGGAGACGAGGGAGUGCCCCGUCGCGGCCGCCCUCGCCUCGGCGGCGGCGCAGCACCGCGCCAGGGGCUCGUGGGCGGGGCUGGGGCUCCCGCGGGAGCUGCACCACUCCGACGGCGACCCCAGUCCGCCGGGGUACCAGCCCAUGCCGGAUCGGUGCAUGCUGUUCGCGCGCAAGUUUGCGCCCGACGCCCUGCCGGCCCUCCUCAGGCUGGGCGGCGUCUGCGACCAGGAGGGCACGGCGAUCCACCCAUCCUGCCUCAGCCAGGAUAUGGGUGUGCCAGAGGUGAGGGCUGCAGUGUAUUGA